AAUAUGAAAUACAACAUCAUUUCCGCCAUCCAAUAUACAGUAUAUUGAAUAUAGGAUGAAAAAUAUGCUUUUUAAUGCAAUUUCAACAUAUACAUAGUUCUAAUGAUUAUUUGAAAUUAGAUUUAUGUAAAAACCUUAGUCUGAUUUUCAUUUACUUUAAAAUUGACAUUUUACUCUGUCAAUGUUUACAACGCUGGUUGAAAUUAGAUAUUUUUUUAAACAAACGUGCUCAAUGGGAAGUCUUGUCUUCUGCACUAUUAUAUUCACAAUCCAUUUGAAAUUUGUUGAAUAGUUUUAAUCUAUCCAGUCCCUGUCCCAGCUGUGUUUUCAAUACCCCCAUACACUAGCCUACUCUGUCUGGCUUUGCCUCCCUCCAUCCAGCUGAAAAGGGUAACGCUGCAACUGCUCAUUAUAUGAGGGAAUUAUUCAAUGUAUGAUUCAAUGUAUGGGGGUCGAUGUAAUACAUCAUACAGAAGUAGUCUAAAACUAAUUGUGUGCAUGGGUUUGUGUGUGUGGUGUCAUUGGUCAUUUAUGUGGUCUGGGAGCAGAGUGAGCUUUGUGAUCCGCCUGGAAUGUGUCAGCAGUUGGGCUCUAAUGAGUUUAUCAGUGGCAUUGUGCUGCUACUUUACAAAUGGCUGCCUUAAUGAACCUUCCUAAACAGACAACUAGCUCGAGGUCUACACUUCCAACAUUGUCAAGAUGAGGUUUCAAAUGGUUCUAUUGACUUUAUCCAUCUGCUUUGGUGCCAUUUUGUCGUCUCCCUCCAUGUCCAACCCUCCGCCCUCGGACUUGAAGAGAAAGACAGGCUGUUUAAAAAUGAGUAACUGUAGAUGCAUCAUGAAGGACGGCUCAGGGGUGAUAAACCUGGUAGCCAUGGCGGAUUCAGACGGAUUCUUGGGACACCAAAAUCCUGUGCCUUCGGAGAACGCACCGCCAAAUGCAGAAAUCCUCCUCUCCUUCAGCCCCUGUCAACCGUUCUCUGAGCCAGAGGACCUCGCAGGGACAGACUGCACAGAUGUGGCUGCCUGUUUGACAGUCAGGUUUUACAGAAAUAACAGAUACAUCAGUCAUUACAUAAACUAUGGGAGACAUGAAGGCAACGAAUUCCAUUACAACAACAGCUUGCAGACACUGUCUGUUUCAUAUUCUGUCCUAGAGUACACCCAGCCCCUGACAGUAGUACACUACCGCUGUAGUCCCAACAUAUCCACUUCCUUCGCCCUACACUUUAAUGGAGACAUUCCCCUGCAAAUCUGGGUGGAGAGUCCCUGUGCCUGUCCAAACGCCUGUGCCCUGGGGGACGUGGGUCCUGGCACCAUCUUCCUCAUCAUCCUCUCCCUCAGCGCCACCGCCUACUUUAUCCUGGGGUCCUGUGCUCUGCGGCCAUUCAGGGCAGGCAGUGGAGUGCAGAUCGCUCCAGAGGAAAGUCUGUGGUGCAUGCUCUGUUACAUGUUCACUGAACGCAGAGGGGGUAGGAGGAGGAGAUACAUCUCCCUGCGAGAGGAAACCCUGUGAAGCAUGGGAUAUCGGAUAAAUGGGGAAUGAGAAAGUGGAAGAUGACAAAGCUACUGCAUAUGAAAUGACACUGAGGGAAACUUGGGCUUGAGAUCGAUUAUAUUUCCAGUGAUGUGACUGAUAUACAUGCAGGAGACAUGAUUUUCUAUAUGUUUAUGAGUGGGGUUAAUAGUA